AUGUGGAGAGCGGCGGUGACGGAGAUGGUAGCAACGGCGUGCCUCGUAUUCGCCCUCACAACCACACUCAUCUCCUGCUUCGAAUCGGGUCAAACCGACCCGAAACUCCUCGUCCCGGUCUCCAUCUUUAUCUCCGGCUUCCCUCUGCUCCUCGCCACGAUCCCUCUCACCGGCGGCCACAUGAACCCUGUCUUCACCCUCGCCGUCGCCCUCAAAGGCGGUGUCUCCAUCGCCCGCGCCGUUGCCUACUUCGUCGCCCAGUGCCUCGGAUCGCUGAUAGCCUUCGCCGUCGUCAAGGCCACGAUGGACGGCGCCACCGCGGAGAAGUACCAAUUGGGCGGCUGCGCCGUCAACCUGGGCGGCUGCGCCGUCAACGGCGGCGGACCCGGAUCCGGGGUCGGCGCCGGGACGGCUCUGGCGCUGGAAUUCACGUGCACUUUUGUGCUGCUGUACGUGUCGAUGCCGAUUUUUGGACGGCGGAGGGAGCUGGGGCUGCCGACGAUGUGCGCGGCGGUGGCGGUGGCUUAUGGGCUGGUGGUUUAUGUUUCCAUUACCGUAACGGGCCGGUCCGGGUAUUCUGGAGUGGGCUUGCAUCCAGCGAGGUGUUGGGCUGCGGCUGUGCUGUUUAAGGGCCCGUUGUGGGAGGCCCAUUGGGUGUUUUGGUUGGGCCCGUUUCUAGCUUGUCUUGUUUACCAUGCGUUCAGUUUGGCUUUGCCGAGGGAAGAACUGGAGAAAGGAGAUGAACACGAAGAGGAGCAUAGUGGUCGUCAAGUGGACAAAUUUGGAAGUGAUGUUUUGAAGGAUUUCGAAGUUAGUGGUUUUUAG